CGCGGUGUAACAGAGAAAAGUGAGGCGGAGGAGCCACUGUGUGUGCACGAUGACUCGGUGCCACUCACACUCACACUGAGCCAGCCUGCGAUGAGGGUGUGAGCGUCUGUUUCCGCUAGAUGUUGGUGCCCUCCUCAUCGCAUCACUGCCCUUUCCUGUGUGCGACCACAAUUUUCGGGUUUUGUUUGUGUUCCCCAUGCCGUGAAUGUCACCAGAAGCGACGUGAACUUGGUUUUGGAGCGGCAGCCGCAUCAUCGUACCGUUGGGCACACGAGAGGCUCGCUGCGUGGAUUUGGAUCUGCUCCUCUGCGCUGCUGGGAGAAGCCUGAUCCAAUUACACCAGAAGCACUGAGUAUGCUGUCUUCGAAAUGAAAGAGGGAAGAGGACGUCUGCUUCAGGUUCCAUGUGCACUGGAUGAAUUGUGGGUUUGGACGGCCCUCAGCGCUCAAAGACUUGCCGGGAACGUGGCUGCAAAGUCAGCGAGUCGACAAGUGUAGAGAAGUCUGAACAUUUGGAUUUGGCCUGAGAUGGUGCGAUUGGAUUGAACACACAGACCCCUCCCCCACCCAGGGAACAGAGCGAACCACUGAGCCUUGCAGGAUAACCUCAUGCCCAGUGUAGACAUGAGAGCACAGAGGAGCACGUGAAGAUGUCCCAGAAGGCAACGAAAACAUGGUGCCUUAGGCUUCUCCCAGUUCUCUUCUUCUUCAUCUCUUUUAUCACGUACUACUGUUCCAAUGCCAUACUUCAAAGCUACGGCGUCACCAGCAAGCCUGUGAACAGUAGCAAGACACUGUGUGGCGGCUGGCUAACCCAGAAGAAGUGGGAGAGCCUUAACUUUAACAUUAGCAGACAAACGCAGCUCUUUCUGAAACUGGAGGAUUUCUUCUGGCGGGAGCAUCUGUCUCAGCUGGCAUUACCUUAUGGCAUUAAGGGCAGUGAGCUGCUGCUGCUGAAAGUACUUGCUGUAACUGCAAGUUAUCAGGUGCCAGCCCACAUUGAGAAGCUUGAAUGCAGAACCUGUGUAGUCAUCGGUAAUAGCUUUGCUAUUAAAAACAGCUCAUUGGGAAGCAUCAUCAACAAAUACGACGUCGUCAUUCGGUUAAAUGAUGCCCCGGUGAGAGGAUAUGAGGAGGAUGUGGGGAACAAGACCACCAUGAGGUUAUUCUAUCCCGAGUCAGCCUCCUACAACCCUGGACUGCACAACGAGCCCAACACGCUCAUGGUCCUUGUGCCUUUCAAACAGCAAGACCUGCGGUGGCUCAAAGAAAUCCUCUAUAAUGAGAAGAGGGUCAGAAAAGGCUUUUGGAAGCCCCCUCCCCAAAUCUGGUUGGGCGACACCAGUAAAAUCAGAGUGCUGGACCCCCACUUUCUGCACAAGACUGCAGAGAGACUGCUUCAGAUCCCCCUUCACCCCAAGACUAAGCAGAACCCGGUGCAUCCGACCACGGGCAUCCUCGCCGUGUUUGUUGCCCUAAACUACUGUGAUGUGGUCCAUAUUGCUGGGUUUGGAUACCCUAAAUCAAACAGCCAAAAGCAGCCUAUCCACUAUUACGGAUACGACACCAUGAAGUCUAUGAAGAAUUCUUACCACGACCUCAAUCACGAAUCUGAUGCCUUAAAAAGAUUGGAGGAUUCAGGAGCUAUUUUCUACCUGCACCCACAUUUAUAAUACACACACACACACACACACACACACACACACACACACACACACACACAUUUUCAGUUUGAUUUAAUCAAAAACAAGUCAUUUUAUGUGACUUUAUUGAGGAUCAUCUGGGAUCGUAAUGUGCCUUGUGCAGAGGGACACUGGUGCAUUAAAGCUGCUGCAGUGUAACAAAAUGGCCUGUUUGUCCACAUCAAGGCACUAAAAGUUCUUGUUUUUGCCACUGACAGGUUCAGAUUGUUAUUUUACAAGCAUCUGACAACAUCAUGGAUAAGAUUCCAAACCUUUUUCUUUAAGAAUGACAUCCUCAUGUGACCAGUUACAGCCAAUACAUGGCUCAAAGCCACCAGACGCCUUCAACAAAAACAGUACGAUGUCUGAUUUCAUUGGAUGUUGGAUAAUUCCAGUGCUUUUCAUGUUUUUAGGGCCACAUGAUCUCAUGGGAGAGUCAGAGAUUAUUAUAAAUGUCACAGCGCAGAAAUGGAGCAUCAAGCAUUUCAGAUCUACAGUAUAUCUCAGAUGGGAGUUGGUGUGGGUAUUGGGUGGUGGUUUCUUGUGUCUUGCACAUCAGUGAGCUGUUAAAAGAACCAGCACAGAUACAUUUUUUGUACACGUACAGUGGUUUUUAUUUCAUGUUUAAUUUUAACACAUGAUACGUUUCUGAGCUCAAAUUCUAUUUUACUGAUAAAAAAAAAACAAAAACAAAAAAACAAAAAAAACAUCGGGUGUGUUUGAAUCUAAGGGGUUAUUUUUGUCGUGAACCUUUUCAAUGUACAUUUUAGUUGAAAAUGAAACCUGCUAAACCCUGAUUCCCACAGUUACGUGGAUGUAAUUCAUGUGACUUUCUCUGACUGGAAAUACAAUGAGUAUUUUUGACAAUUAUUAGAUAAGAUUAUCAUUCAUUUUUUUAAUUUAUUAAGAAAUGUCCAGAUGCAAAUAACUGGAUUUUUUAUUGUAAAGAAUGAAAUAAAUUUUUA